GACUAGGGCUUUCCUCCAUGAGAAAGCAAAGAAGGAAACUGCAAAGAUGAUUCUGUUGCUCUCCAAGGAGGGGACAGGGCGCGAGCUGCAUUUCAUAUCAAUCUGAACGCCUAGAUAUAGUCCAUUUUGAUAUUUUAGGAACAGUGUGUCAGGUCGCGUAUAAGAGUCUGAGAUGAAAUAGCCUAGACAUAACGAGGAUCUCAAUACGCCCAAAGCAAGCAAUCACUGCGCAUCGCCAUUGACGAAUGAGCAUUCACAGCGGAUCCCAGAAAACGGUCUCGUACCAACCCUUGAGACGGUUGAUUGAGAGUGGGAGAGACACACAGAAGAGAAGAGGAGAAGAAAAAGAGAGAUAAAAGGACUACAGAAGAAAAUCUGGCCGGAGCAACCACCAAGAAGGAUUUAAGAAAUGUUGAAUAACCUCCAAGAAGUUGUUCUAUAAAAAUGUUUCCUCCUCGUUUGAAUUGAGACAUUUACUGAGAAGUGACGUUGACGUUUCCUGUUGUAGUCAUUCUCCUCUUUGUCGUUUACAGUAACAGUUUACUGUCAGUUUGGACCCCAUGUCUGUUUGGACGAAAGUACACCUGUUACUUUUCUCACAUUCUUGAUUUGGAGCAACUGAGUGUGAGAGGUGUGAACGCCAGUGGGAGGGAAGGGGAAUUUUGGCUAUUUGUUUCUUUCACUUUUAUCUUCUCGCUUAUUGUUCCAUUUGUGGGUUCCAUUGUUUCUUGGAAGAGGAAGGGAAAAGGGUUUCCAACUGGGUAUCAGUGACAUUCCGUUCUGGUUUCACCCAAGGACAAGUACCCUCUUGUGUGUGCUCGUGUGUGUGAGUGUGAAUUGGAGUGUGUUUGUGUUAUUGUGUGUGAGGAAAGCGUCCUCUCAGUGAGUAAGAGCGGAAAAGGAAAGAAGCAACUGUGUGUCACUUUCUGGGAAAAUGGGAUCGGAAAAGGACUCGGAAUCCCCCAACUCCUCGGUGAGCGGCAUUACCAACCCGAAAUGCCGGGCACCGGGAAAACGGCAAGGACGCAUCUCCUUCCACAGCCUCUUCCACAGCAAACGAGGUUCCCGGAGCGCCAAUGCAGGGGCGGCCACACCUUUAUCUCAGCUCCACAACCAACACCAUCAACAACAGCAACUCACCCCCCUUGUCCUCCCUGUAGUCCCUUCCACCCCCACACCUAACCCAGCCCCCACCACCACAGCCAUGGACACCCCCCAGGACCCAGCCACCUCCCCCACCUCCACCCCAGCAGAGCCCCUCUCUUCCAGUCGGAUCUCCCUGGGUCCGCCCCAGUCCUCCAGCUCCACCACCUCCAGCGCCUCUCCUCCAGCCGACUUCCUGGAGUGCCCCCUGUGCCUGGUGCACCAGCCUCCCAAACAGCUCCCCGAGCUGCUGGGCUGCAGCCACCGCUCCUGCCUGUGCUGCCUGCGCCAGUACCUGCGCAUCGAGAUCACCGAGAGCCGCGUCCACCUCAGCUGCCCCGAGUGCUCGGAGCGACUGGCUCCUCAUCAGGUGGCAGACAUUUUGGAUGACGCAGCGCUGCUGGAGAAGUAUGAGGAAUUCCUGCUGCGACGCUGCCUGGCCUCUGACCCGGACUGCCGCUGGUGUCCCGCGCCCGACUGCGGGUUUGCAGUGAUUGCUUCGGGCUGUGCCAGCUGCCCCAGGCUGGUGUGUUGUAGAGAGGGCUGCUUGGCUGAGUUCUGUUACCACUGCAAGCAGGCGUGGCACCCCAACCAGACAUGUGACUCGGCCCGCCAGCAGAGGGCACUCUCCCUGCACUUGCACAGCAACCACUCACCCAGCUACACACAGGAGCACGGGCCUGCUGAUGACAUCAAGCCCUGCCCACGAUGUGGCGCCUACAUAAUCAAGAUGAACGAUGGCAGCUGUAACCACAUGACCUGUGCUGUGUGUGGCUGUGAGUUCUGCUGGCUCUGCAUGAAGGAGAUCUCUGACCUGCACUACCUCAGUCCAUCAGGGUGUACGUUCUGGGGAAAGAAGCCAUGGACUCGUAAGAAGAAGAUCCUGUGGCAGCUGGGCACUCUGAUCGGAGCCCCGGUGGGCAUUACCCUAAUCGCUGGUAUCGCUGUGCCUGCCAUGGUUAUUGGCAUUCCCGUCUAUGUGGGGCGCAAGAUUCACGCCCAUUAUGAGGGGAAGAAGACCAAUCGCCACAGGAGGAACCUGGCCAUCACAGGAGGAGUGGCCGUGUCAAUCAUCACAGCUCCUGUGAUCGCAGCCGUCAGUGUGGGUAUUGGCGUGCCCAUCAUGUUGGCGUACGUCUAUGGAGUCGUGCCCAUCUCUCUGUGCCGCGGAGGAGGCUGUGGCGUCAGCCGAGGAAAGGGGCGUGGCAUGCGGAUAGACUUUGACGAGGACGACGGCCCAAUCACAGUGGCUGAUGCGUGGCGGGCCCUCAAGUCCCCCAGACUGGGUGAGAGCAGCCUGGAGGGGGCAGCCAGCGGCCUCAGCACCACCUCCCCCAGCGAGGGCCUCUCUGUGGCCCCCAGGGUCCUGGGGGACACCCCCCACUUCAACACUCUGGCCGGGGGCGCUCUUGGAGCCAGGGCUGGCAAAUACAACAGGUUGGCGCUCCAGGGAGGGGAGCCGGGGAAGGACGGUGCCCAGAGAGAGACAGGUAGUCUGGGAGCGGGUAGUGACUGUGCCAGCACCCGGGGCAUGGCAGGCUCCAUUAUCUCCUCCUACACACUCCCUGACAGGGACUGUACUAACCUGGAGAUCCAGGUGGACAUCGAGACCAAACCCAGCCACCUCUGCCUGACCAGUGAGGAAGACCUAAACACGCCCCCUGCUGCUAUGGCAGCAUGCCCCGGCUCAGGGGGGGAGGAGCCUCAGGACUGCAGCUCCAGAAGGGGCGGGGCUCUGUUUGGCUCAGCACUAGGUCUGUCGCCAGGGGCAUCGCUCAGGGAGGGGCUUCGCGAUGUCACUCUGGCCCAGCCCGAGAGCAUACGCAGCGACCUGGAGAUGUCCGACACCCAAUCGGACGACAUCGCUGAGCUGACGUCAGACGACUGUGACUCGCCUCAUCCCAACAGCUGCCGGCCCCCUCAACCCCAGGCCACCUGCAGACCCCUUCACACCUCCGACAGACUGCACUGUCCCCCGGAUAACGUCAUCCUCUAUGUUUAAGAGUCCGACUGACUGAGAGCUCUCAGAGAUUCCACAAACCCCCCCAAAAAAUUGUUUUAGCUUUUCUCCAUUCAUUGAUUUAGCUUUUCGGUAAUUAUUUUGCUGCUUUUUUGUUAACAAAACAUCUUACCUGCAAACAACAACCAUCUACAUGUGUAUGUCUGUCUUUCUAUCAACAUCUCGAUCUCCUUGCAGAGAAUUGGCAGGGUUCUACCUCUGAGAUUUCUCUGUUUACUUCUUGGUGCAAAAAUGCCUUGGCUACUUACGCAACAAAAAAAAGCUCAACAAGAGGUACACAUUUGCCACAAGAAAUACUGCAAAAAAAGAGGAAAGAAGGUGAAAUGUCACCAAGCACACUAAUGAGUGAAGGAUUGUGGGGAAUGGGGUUUGUACUAUGGAAGAGGAUGUUUUUAGGGAUGUUUGAGUGUGGCAUUUGUACUGAACUUUGUUGGCUUGAUUUCCUCCUGUUCUUUUGUUAGAACUGAAUGAUAUUGAAUGAUUUUGAAAUGGUAUUAUUUACUGUGUGCAUGAGUGUGCGUGAACUGCAUUUUCUAUGGCUGUAUAGACCUACAAGUGUAAUAUGUACCUGUUACACUGGUGGAGUUUACAGUAGUUUGUUCAGAGACAUGACUUUUGGAGGCGAUCUGCACUUGAAUCUCACCUGCACAGAGAAGAACAAUUUAACAAGAGUCGAUGUCGUGGAAGAUAGACAAGUAAUUAACCAGCAGACAGUUCCUCUUGAAUGACUGACUGCCUGCCUUACAGACAGUGAUGACACUCACUGACGAACACAUUGGCUUUCUGACAUGCUAGCUGUCUGACCCACUCAGAUUGUGUGUGUUGUGCUAUUCAAAGAGUAUAAAGACAAAGACAUAAUAUACAUUUUCAGUAGAAAACAAUAGUAGAAUGGAUGGACUUCUUGUGAUUGUAUUUGUUUGUCCCACUAUCGAGUGAAGUUAUGAAUGAGCACUUGUGCACUUUAUCUAAAUAUUCAUAUUUCUUUUGCUAUUCGUUGUCAUCAAUUACUCUGUGAGUUUUCCUCCAUUGCAUAACAUCAUACUUGUAAAAUCAUAGCCAAAUGUUGAUUAUCAGAAACCUUUUUACAGUGUAACAACAUUUUGCAGACCCAUUUUUAUUUCUUCUAGAAUAAUUACUAGAGCUUAUUUUUGCUGUUUACCAACCAUGUGCUUCAGUUUCAGUUGUUUAAGAUAUUCCCAUUUACUAUAGACAUCAUGAAAUCUCUAUAUGGGAAUAUUGUUUUAUUUCAAAUAAGCUUUAUGGAGUUUGAUCAUACUAUUGGGCAGUGCUUAGUAUGGUCUGUUGAUGUUAUUCAGUUGUCGCUUAUUUCUGCCUAUGAGAAACAACAUGAAUGUACCAUGGAUUGAAACAGAACUUCUUAAAUAUGAAAAGAGGAUUUACGUUUAAGAAAACAUAUACAGUAUUGUAUAUAAAUGUGUAGUAUCUCCUGGCACUGCUUUGUAAGACCCUGUAUGGGGCCAAACACACAGGACUGUGAAAGAGGUUGUGGACAUUCUUUUGGAAAAUAAACACAUUUUUCUGUUGCACAAA